CACUACAACAGUUCCUAGCUACAAGAACCACUGAACACACCACUACAAGAGUUCCUAGCUACAAGAACCACUGAACACACCACUACAACAGUUCCUAGCUACAAGAACCACCGAACACACCACUACAACAGUUCCUAGCUACAAGAACCACUGAACACACCACUACAACAGUUCCUAGCUACAAGAACCACCGAACACACCACUACAACAGUUCCUAGCUACAAGAACCACUGAACACACCACUACAACAGUUCCUAGCUACAAGAACCACUGAACACACCACUACAACAGUUCCUAGCUACAAGAACCACCGAACACACCACUACAACAGUUCCUAGCUACAAGAACCACCGAACACACCACUACAACAGUUCCUAGCUACAAGAACCACCGAACACACCACUACAACAGUUCCUAGCUACAAGAACCACCGAACACACCACUACAACAGUUCCUAGCUACAAGAACCACUGAACACACCACUACAACAGCUCCUAGCUACAAGAACCACUGAACACACCACUACAACAGCUCCUAGCUACAAGAACCAGUGAACACACCACUACAACAGCUCCUAGCUACAAGAACCACUGAACACACUACUACAAGAGUUCCUAGCUACAAGAACCACUGAACACACUACUACAAGAGUUCCUAGCUACAAGAACCACUGAACACACUACUACAAGAGUUCCUAGCUACAAGAACCAGUGAACACACCACUACAACAGUUCCUAGCUACAAGAACCACCGAACACACCGCUACAACAGCUCCUAGCUACAAGAACCAGUGAACACACCACUACAACAGCUCCUAGCAACAAAACCACUGAACACACCGCUACAAGAGUUCCUAGCUACAAGAACCACCGAACACACUACUGCAACAACUCCUAGCUACAAGAAUCACUGAACACACCGCUACAAGAGUUCCUAGCUACAAGAACCACCGAACACACUACAGCAACAGCUCCUAGCUACAAGAACCACUGAACACACCGCUACAAGAGUUCCUAGCUACAAGAACCACCGAACACACUACAGCAACAGCUCCUAGCUACAAGAACCACUGAACACACCGCUACAAGAGUUCCUAGCUACAAGACCUCCAGUUCUGGAUAGAGUUCUACACAAGAGAACCAGAACUUCUUAUAAUCCUUACUCGUCACACCAACAAAUACUCGGCAAUGACAGAUGUGAAGGAUGGCCAACUAGGAAGCGCCACUGAGAGACGUGGCGCUGAAGAAAAUGGCGCUAAAGGAGGUGGUCUUGUCCUGAGGUGGUGGACGAGGUGCAGAAAACAUAUGACUCUUAAACAGGAAUUGUUACCCAUCAAGGUCAUCCUCUUCCUCUUCUACGCCGGUCAGACCAGCUACCUGCCGUACCUGACCCUGCAUAUGCAGGUCCUGGGAAUCACCGUGAAGGAGAUCGCCAUUAUAUAUUCCUUCCUGCCCAUUGCCUCUCUCCUGGGCCCACCCACCUCAGGUCUGGUGGCUGACACCUUCGGCAGGUACAAGUCUGUAAUGAUGGUGAACAUGGUGCUAACGGUGGUGUUUCACGUGUCUCUCCUGUACGUCCCACAACGCUCUAUUUCCUCUCUCUCCCUCACCUGCCGUCCUGACAACGACACACUUACCUGGGCCGCCUGCGAUCUCUGCCAUCACAACCGCAGUCACACUCAAUUCGAACUGACACUGAAGGACUGCAGGUUCCUGUGUGAGUCGCCGCCAGAAGAGGAGCAACUACGAGUGUGUUUGUCUAACGACCAUCACACCCACUGCCUCGCCCUCAACGUCACUGACCAGGUGAGUGCCAAUGGCACCAUACUAUCAUGGCAGGAUGAUGACAUCUGUGGACACACCUGGUAUGACCAAGUACUCGAUGACCAGGUGUACCAGAGGCUGACCUGUCAGUCGCAGUGCCAGGUAGAGUGCCAGGUGAAGAUGGCACCAACCUGUGACCACCCUGAUGAACCCAGUAAUGGUGCCACCACAUUCUGGGUAUAUUUUGCUAUACGGAUGACAGGCUCGUUCUUCCUGUCAUCUGCCUUCACCAUGACAGAUGCCACCUGCCUGGCACUGCUAAAACAGUAUGGUGGUGAGCUGGGCAUCCAGCGACUGUUCUCUGUGGUGGGUGUAUCUCUGGGUCCUCUUAUAUCUGGCUUCCUCGUCGACAAGUUUAGCAGUGACGCAGAAUUGCCAGACUUCUCUCCAGCACUUUACUUCGGUGGCAUCCUGUCCCUUCUCUCCAUCCUUCUCAUCUCUAGGUUACACUUCGUGGUAGACAUGGCUGGUGACACCGUGAUGAAGGACCUGGCCAAGCUUAUUGUGAGAACUGAGGUCGAUGUUUUCUUGAUCAUGAUAAUGACACAAGGUGCAAGCUGGGGUUUCAUUGAGAGCUUCCUCUUCGUCUACCUCAAGGAGUUAGGGGCACCUAACUAUCUCCUAGGUCUGACCAUGACAGUGGGAAACCUAGUGGGUUUACCUUUCUUAAUCAUCAACGACUGGUUGGUCGAGAGACUGAGUCGUCCAGUUAUCUUCAUUAUCUCCUUCUUCACCUACGCCAUCAGGCACUUCGGGUACUCCUCCAUCAAUGACCCGUGGCUAGCCUUCCCUUUCGAAAUCCUGGAAGUGUUCACCUAUCAGUUGAUGUGGCUAGCAGCACUAAGUUACUGCCCAUUACUGGCACCCAAGGGUCUUCUAGCAACCAUGACUGGUCUGGCAGGUGCCAUCCACUACUCUCUAGGUCGUGGAGUGGGGGCUCUGCUGGGAGGAUUCCUCAUCAGUAGGUACAGCACCUCCAGGGCCUUCAGGAUCUUCGGGUUCAUCUCCCUGGCUUGUGGUUUCCUCUACGCCAUUAUUCACUUCACCUACCUCAAGAAGAAGGUUGCAGAGAGAGAGGCAAAACACAAGGAUAAAGAAGACACAGAGGAGGAGGAAGAGGAAGCGAUGCUAGGAAAAAAGGUGUAUAAUACUACCGUCAUCAAGUCUGCCACCCACAGUGCUACUGAGACGUCACACUGAUGUACCCACCACUAGCACUGCCACCCACAGUGUUACUGAGACGUCACACUGAUGUACCCACCACUAGCACUGCCACCCACAGUGCUACUGAGACGUCACACUGAUGUACCCACCACUAACACUGCUACCCACAGUGCUACUGAGACGUCACACUGAUGUACCCACCACUAGCACUGCCACCCACAGUGCUACUGAGACGUCACACUGAUGUACCCACCACUAGCACUGCCACCCACAGUGCUACUGAGACGUCACACUGAUGUACUCACCACUAACACUGCUACCCACAGUGCUACUGAGACGUCACACUGAUGUACCCACCACUAGCACUGCCACCCACAGUGCUACUGAGACGUCACACUGAUGUACCCACCAUUAGCACUACCACCCACAGUGCUACUGAGACGUCACACUGAUGUACCCACCACUAGCACUGCCACCCACAGUGCUACUGAGACGUCACACUGAUGUACCCACCACUAACACUGCCACCCAGAGUGCUACUGAGACGUCACACUGAUGUACCCACCACUAGCACUACCACCCACAGUGUUACUGAGACGUCACACUGAUGUACCCACCACUAGCACUACCACCCACAGUGCUACUGAGACGUCACACUGAUGUACCCACCACUAACACUGCCACCCACAGUGCUACUGAGACGUCACACUGAUGUACCCACCACUAGCACUGCCACCCACAGUGCUACUGAGACGUCACACUGAUGUACCCACCACUAACACUGCCACCCACAGUGCUACUGAGACGUCACAUGAUGUACCCACCACUAACACUGCCACCCACAGUGCUACUGAGACGUCACACUGAUGUACCCACCACUAGCACUGCCACCCACAGUGCUACUGAGACGUCACACUGAUGUACCCACCACUAGCACUGCCACCCACAGUGCUACUGAGACGUCACACUGAUGUACCCACCACUAACACUGCCUCCCACAGUGCUACUGAGACGUCACACUGAUGUACCCACCAUUAACACUGCCACCCACAGUGCUACUGAGACGUCACACUGAUGUACCCACCACUAACACUGCCACCCACAGUGCUACUGAGACGUCACACUGAUGUACCCACCACUAACACUGCCAUCCACAGUGUUACUAGACGUCACACUGAUGUACCCACCACUAAUACUGCCACCCACAGUGCUACUGAGACGUCACACUGAUGUACCCACCACUAACACUGCAACCCACAGUGCUACUGAGAUGUCACACUGAUGUACCCACCACUAACACUGCCACCCACAGUGCUACUGAGACGUCACACUGAUGUACCCACCACUAACACUGCCACCCACAGUGUUACUGAGACGUCAUACUGAUGUACCCACCACUAACACUGCCACCCACAGUGUUACUGUGACGUCACACUGAUGUACCCACCACUACCACUGCCACCCACAGUGCUACUGAGACGUCACACUGAUGUACCCACCACUAACACUGCUACCCACAGUGUUACUGUGACGUCACAAUGAUGUACCCACCACUAACACUGCCACCCACAGUGUUACUGUGACGUCACACUGAUGUACCCACCACUACCACUGCCACCCACAGUGCUACUGAGACGUCACACUGAUGUACCCACCACUAACACUGCCGCCCACAGUGCUACUGAGACGUCACACUGAUGUACCCACCACUAACACUGCCACCCACAGUGUUGCUGAGACGUCACACUGAUGUACCCACCACUAACACUGCCACCCACAGCGCUACUGAGACGUCACACUGAUUUACCCACCACUAACACUGCCACCCACAGUGUUACUGUGACGUCACACUGAUGUACCCACCACUAACACUGCCACCCACAGUGUUGCUGAGACGUCACACUGAUGUACCCACCACUAACGCUGCCACCCACAGCGCUACUGAGACGUCACACUGAUUUACCCACCACUAACACAUAAGCUAUGCUGAUGAUAUCAUGAUCCAUACAAUAGGGCAUAAGAAGAUGAAUACCAUUCUUAAUGAAGUUCAAGCAAUUUGUAAUCGACUAGGCCUCAUAAUAUCUUCCUCUAAAACUAAGAUAUUAACAAGCAAACGACAUCCCCCACCCAUCUAUUUGCAGGGUGAAAUCAUUAGCUACGUUAAAACUUACAGAUAUCUUGGUGUAGAUGUACCCUUUAACAAAUCCACUAUACCACAACUAAACAAGAAAUGUAAAGCUAGGCUAAAUGCUCUCAAAGCUGUUGCUGGCUACAAUCCCAACUAUGGUGCAAAUGUGAGAAUCGUGAGAAUGAUGUACAUAGCCUAUGUUAGGUCCUUAAUUGAUUAUGCUGCUCCCAUGUUGACAUUAGCUAGAGAAAGUUCUUUCCGACCCUUGGAGUUAAUGAAAAAUGAAGCUCUCAGGAUUAUUCUUGGCUG